AUGUUCGGCAUGAAUUACAAAGAUCCACCUGAUCCAGCUAACAAAAAUCUAUACGAAGAUGAUCUGGAAGCUGAUAUUGGAGCUAAACGAAGAGGAAGAAGAGCUGUGCACAAGGAAUUUUCUCCUUACUCAGCGAUUAAACCACUGCGAUCGAAAGAAAAAAUGGAAGCUACAGCUAAUCGAUUAAGGGAAGAAAAGAAAUAUCUGAAUUCGAAAUCAAUUGCUGAUGGAUCCAAAGUAGUUCUUCGAGCUGGAAUACGUGAAGUAAUCAAGUCGAAUUAUGGGAAAGAAAACAAUGAUCCGCAAUUUAUAAAAUCGGAACUGGAUGCGUUUGAUAAGGUGAUUGCCGAACAGAAAAGAAUGGAAGAAGAAAAAGGAUUUGUGUUGCUCCAAGUAACUUCAGAUAUGGUUAAAGGAUUCAAUUCUUCUAAGAAUUCGGUGGUUGGGUUAUCUCCUUCGCCUCCUGUAAUUCAAGCGAGCAUGGAAACGAAUGCUGGCACUGUAACUGGGUCAAACAUUGGAAUUUCAAUUGGAACGAAGAUUGACAAAGGAAAUUUAGUUGAUGAGUCGAAAUAUACCAAGGGCUUCAUUGCUUCGAAGAUAAUGAAGGCUGGUUCGUCUUCUUCAGGCCCUGGUUCCAUAAUUGAAACAAAUGAUGGGAAGGGCAUUUUGGGAAAAUUCCCUGUUUCGCAAGAUGUUCCAGUUAUAACAGGUAAUCCUUUGGUCUUUGAAGCUAAUCCUAUUGCUCCAAUUAGUUGUCUUACUAAUUGUAAUGAUGAAGAUAUGAAAGAUUCUAUUAAUGAGAAUGGGAAUUUGGAAGUUGAUCCUGGAAAUAAUAUGAAGAAGGAGCAGGGAGCUAAUUUUUUGAACAUGGAUUUUACCAAACCUGUUAUAUCCCCUGCAGCUAAAUUGGUUAGUGAUUACAAUAAAAAAUCUUAUGCUCGUAUGGUUGAAUCAACAAUUACUGCAGUGGAUCUUAAUAUUAAAGUAAUUCCAAAAGUUGAUGGGAAACCUAGUGGGAAAGUUGAGUUACCUUAUGCAGAUUUAAUGUUGGGUGGUGCUCCUUAUCAUGCUACUUUGUAUGGAUUUUUUGUGGGGAAAAAGCUUGCUUUCCCAACAGUUAAUCAUUUUUCUUUUAAGAUGUGGAAGAUGUAUGGGCUGAAGGAUAUAAUGGUGAAUGAUGAGGGAUUUUUUUUCUUCAAGUUUGAUUCAAAAGAAGGAAUGAUGAGUGUGCUGGAGGGAGGUCCAUGGUUGAUUAACAAUGUCCCAAUGUUUGUUCAAAGAUGGAGGCCAGGUCUAGUUUUGAGUAAACCGCAAAUUAAUUCAGUUCCUGUAUGGGUUAAAGUGUUUAAUGUUCCUUUGGAGUAUUGGAACAGCAAAGGAAUUACGUUGAUUGCAAAUGAGAUUGGGAAACCAAUUGCUAUGGAUAAAAUCACUCAAAAAAUGUGUAAUGAGCACUGGGGAAGGCCAGCUUUCAUGCGAUUUCUUGUGGAAAUGUCAGCAGAAUCGGAAUGGAUGAAAGAAUUAAGUGUUGUAUCAAUAGAUUUUGGGACAGGAGAGAAAGUUGAAUCAAAGUGCAGGAUAGAGUAUGCAUGGAGACCUGAUAUUUGUAGUCAUUGCAAAAUUUACGGGCAUAAAAAUAACAAUUGUGGGAUUCUAAAUGGAAAAAAGAAUAAUGAUGUUACUGAUGUUGCUGUUGACAGAGAAGAAAAGGAGAGAAAAGAGAAAGUGGAUGAUGAUGGGUUCAUAUUAGUAACAAAGAAAAACAAUAAAGGGCAGAAAUUCAAUACCGGAGUGGUUAUUAAUGAAGAAGGGAAGGUGGAUUUAAUAAAAUCUUUGGAGAAAAACACCAAGCCUGUUUUUGAUGGAAUGGUUGUUAGCAAUAAUGAUGAAAGUCUUAAGGAUGAGGGUAAUCAAGGAAUGGAAAUAAGCAAAAAAAUUAAAGAACAAGAAAAUAAAAAAGGAGGCCAAAAUGAAGAUCGAAGCAAUGAAGGGGCAGAAAAUCGGAAGAAUGGGGGUAAUUUCUCGAAAUUUGCUGUGGGUAAUCUAAAAAAAGAUGGGAAAGAGAAAGGGGUAUUUCAGUCAAAAGAUGAUAAAAGUGGGAGAAAGAAUGGGACAGGGGUGUUCAUUCCAAAAGAGAAAUUAGGAACAAGAGUGAAGAAUGUAAUUGAAAACUUUAAUGCUAAAAAAGAUGGAAUGCAGGGGAAAAGAGAAGAAAAUCAGAAAAAAGUGUAUGUUCCUAAGAAGCAAGUGGAGUUAAAAGUGAGUUCUAAUUUUGAUAAUUUAGGUUCUACGUCAGGAAAAAUUGAUCAAGAUGAAAUUACAACACAAAACCCAUUUGAUGUUCUUGCUGAUUUGGGUUUAAGAGAUAUGUCUUAUCUUGAUGAGAUGGAUUCGGAGAUUUUAACUGGAGGUGGCCAGGAGAUAAGCACCGAAAAUAAAAUUGGUGAUUAA